AAAACAGAAAAAUAUUAGUUGUUGAACGAGUGACUGAGUGAGUGGUAAUUGAAUCGGUCUGAUGACGUCGUCAAUCUUAGGUUCAAUAACAAGAGCUAAUCUCUUAACCACCACCACAUCCACACAAUUAAAAAAAUUAAAGUCAAAUCCAAUUAUUAAUUUGACAAAAUUAGGGUUUUGUAAAAGAGGUUUUAAAAAGGGAAUAGUGGCAAUGGCUGUCAACAAAUCUGAAGAUGAAUGGCGUGCUGUUUUGUCUCCUGAACAGUUUCGUAUUUUGAGACAAAAAGGAACUGAGUACCCCGGAACCGGAAAGUAUGAUAAGUUCUAUGAAGAGGGAGUCUACACUUGUGCAGGGUGUGACACUCCUCUUUACAAGUCCACAACGAAGUUUAAUUCUGGCUGUGGUUGGCCGGCCUUCUACGAGGGUCUCCCUGGUGCUAUAAACCGUCAUCCUGAUCCAGAUGGAAUGAGGGUGGAAAUUACAUGUGCAGCUUGUGGUGGACAUCUUGGACAUGUUUUCAAAGGGGAAGGUUUUCGCACCCCAACAGAUGAGCGGCAUUGUGUCAAUAGCAUAUCCCUCAAGUUUGCGCCUGGGAAUCAAUAGUGUUUUACAUAAAGUUGUUGAUAAUGUUAUUGGUGUGAAAAUAAAUGUUAGUCAUGUCAACUUUCUGUUAAAUUAUAAAAAUUGUAGACCCUCUUACAUUAACGAUUACCGUAUUUGAAAUAAAUUGGUUUUACAGUGCA